CCGUUAACGGAGGCCGUUAAGUGAUGACGUGGCAAAUGGAAAAUCCUAGUCAACUCAAUUUAACACUAAAAAAUGAUGACCCGACCCGACACGUCAAUACAAACGGAGAGAGCAGGGGAAUGUCUCUGCUUCACCCCUUCCUUCUUCCCUCCGCCGCCGCCGCUACAUUUAAUCAGGAUAUCGUGAUGGAUCCCUGUCUCACAGAAUUGAGCUUGAGUGGAGUACAGGGUGUUCCGGAACAAUGCUCCUGCCGCGAAAUCAAGCUCGAUUUUGCCGCGGCGCCCGGCGCCGCCUUCAACAACUUCCUGGAUAAAAUGGCGGAUUCAUCGGCCAGAUUUGCCGAGGAUGAGUACAAUUUCGGAAUCGACAACUACGACGACAUAGAACCCAUCGAGGGGAUCGGGGCCGGCGGUGUCGUAGCGGGCGGAGGAGAGAUCCCAGUAGACAUCGAAUUUGGAAUGGGGGUGAUCAAUUGACCGGUUGGCCUUCUUCUUGCGGAAGAGGUCGGAGCUGGUGUUGAGCUUGAAGGUGGAUGACGAGCCGGUGGAGAUGGUGAGCCAGUCUGCGGCCCAUGUGACGGACAAGAGGAGGGGCUUCUUGUGGGAGGAGGAGAGGGUGAUUCAGUAGAGGGAAAAGACGACAUUCUGGACGGAAGGGGUGGAAGCGGCGGAGGAAGAAGCAUCAACGGCGGUUACAGGGGUGGAGAUCACGGCAGCGGCGGAGGAGGAGCAGGAGAAGGAGUAGUGAUGAUGGGUUUGUUGUUUAGAGGCGACGUUGAUGGCAUUUUCG